AUGUCCGCCCUCCGCAUCCUCGUUCCCGUGAAGCGGGUCAUUGACUAUGCUGUCAAGCCCCGAGUCAACAAGGCCCAGACGGGCGUCGAGACGGCCGGCGUCAAACACUCCAUGAACCCCUUUGACGAGCUCUCGGUCGAGGAGUCGGUCCGCAUUCGCGAGAAGAAGCGGGCGCCCGGCGGCGUCGAGGACAUCACCGUCAUCUCGGCGGGACCCCCCAAGGCCGUCGACGUGCUGCGCACUGCCAUGGCCAUGGGCGCCGACCGCGCGAUCCACGUCGAGACCAAGGAGGGCGACGACCUGGAGCCCCUGAGCGUGGCCAAGCUGCUGCGCAAGGCCGCCGAGGAGCACAAGUCCAACCUCGUCAUCCUCGGCAAGCAGAGCAUCGACGACGACGCGAACCAGACGGGCCAGAUGCUCGCUGGGUUGCUGGGGUGGCCGCAGGCUACGUCGGCGAGCGUGGUGGAGUUUGGCGAGGGGGAUAGCGUGAGCGUCACGCGCGAGGUUGAUGGUGGCGUGGAGACGGUCAAGGCGAAGUUGCCGAUGGUGAUUACGACGGAUCUGCGGCUCAACGAGCCGCGGUACGCGAGCUUGCCGAAUAUCAUGAAGGCGAAGAAGAAGCCGCUUGAGAAGAAGAAGCUGGCCGACUACGGGAUUGGUGUUGAGAAGAGGUUGAAGGUUUUGAAGGUUACUGAGCCCCCUCAGCGCCAGGGUGGCGGCAAGGUCGAGGACGUUGACGGUCUCGUUGCGAAGCUCAAGGAGCUCGGCGCCUUGUAA